AUUAUCUCUCUCCCCCAAACCCAAUUAUCCGCUUCUAUCCACAGUCGCAAGUUCCAAGCCGCUCCAACGGCAGCCAUGGCUUCCAUCACCGUCCUUUCCCUCGCUCCCACCGCCGGAGCCACCUUCCUCCACAUCCCAGCCUCCACCUCCUCCUUCGUCGCCGCUCCCGGAAUCCUCACCAGCCGCCGGGCAGCGCCCCGCGCCCUCCCGCUCCGCGCGCGCCCGCUGCGCCGCGUCACCGUCGUCUGCAGCGGCGCCGCUGCGGCAGCCGAGGCCUCGGAUGCGGCGGCGCCCGCCGAGAAGUUUCGGCUCGACAACCUGGGCCCGCAGAAGGGGUCCCGGCGGCGGCCCAAGCGUAAGGGGCGCGGUAUCGCGGCGGGCCAGGGCGCGAGCUGCGGGUUCGGAAUGCGUGGGCAGAAAUCGCGCUCGGGGCCCGGCGUCCGGCGCGGGUUCGAGGGAGGGCAGAUGCCGCUCUACCGCCGGAUUCCCAAGCUACGCGGCAUUGCCGGCGGAAUGCACAUUGGGUUGCCGAAGUAUGUGCCAUUCAAUUUAAAAGAUAUAGUGCGUGGUGGAUUCAAAGAUGGUGACGAGCUAUCACUGGAGACCCUGAAAUCACGGGGCUUGAUCAAUCCUUCAGGCAGGGAAAGGAAGCUGCCAUUGAAGAUUUUAGGGGAUGGUGAUGUGUCAGUCAAGUUGAACAUCAAGGCUGGAGCAUUCUCAGCAUCGGCUAAAGAGAAGCUUGAGGCAGCUGGUUGUAACCUGACUCUAUUGCCUAAACGGAAGAAAUGGCUUUCACAGAAUUAUCUGAAGAACCAAGCCCGUGCAGAAGAGUACUUUGCCAAGAAAAAAGCUGGUGCUGGUGAAUCCGAUGGCACCUCUGCGUAGAACUCCAAUACGACGUACUCUUCUUCUUCCCUUUCCUUUAGCAUAUGCUUAUUUCUCCCUUUUUGCUCUUAGUUAUUGAUGUAUCAUGAAUUUUGUAUCUAUGUGAUAUGCAAUUAUUUUAUGCCCCUUGUAAAAUGUAAACAACAUGGUGGUGUGGUACAAUGCCCUGGUGCUUCUGGAGACCUUUUCUAAAGAAAGCCUGGAAUCAUAUGUAUAAAAGGAAACCCCCAAAGAUCAGGCUGAA